UCUAUCUUCUCUGCCCCCACAAACCGCGCAUCCAUCCAUCCGCCUGGCGUCUGCAAGCUGCAACUGUAAUCUCCGAGCCUGCUCUCCUUCCCACCCAUCGCAUUAUCAGAUAGAUGAUCAUCGGACGCAUCUCAAAGUAGCAACUUCACUGUGCCAACGCGACGUGACGUUGAAUAGUCCAGCCGAUAUGUUUGUUUCGUUCUUCUGAUACGACUUGUCGCGAUGUUACGCAUAUCGUCCGAUACGAGAGAGAGAUUCAGAAGCAGAGGCAGAACUCAUCCUGGACCUGGUUCUUGCUUUCCUGUGCAAGUAACACGUUCCUGCUUUAUAUACCAGGAAGAAAGCAAAGACUACGCAACAGAGAUCGUCAAGCGAGAGUGAGAGAGAUAUUUUCAAUCCUUGACGCACUAAAAUACGCCGAUGGGUGAAGAAGGAGAUCCUUCUGCUCCUCCUCCUCCUCCUCCGUCUCAGCCGACCGCCGCCCAAGAGGCUCCUCCUUCUUCUCAUCCGCCUCUUCGAUUCGAUCCCAGCCGAAUGAUUGGCAUUAUCAAAAGAAAGGCCCUGAUUAAAAAUCUGGCUGCUGUGUAUCAUGCUGAGUGUCUUGCAUACUGCCAAGAACUUCUUGAACUCCAAAGAAAAUGGGAAGAGCCAUUUAUAGAUAGAAAAGCUCCUGAGAACAACACGAGGAAAGAAAUGAUAAGGCCAUCCAAACGGCUGAAGAAGACCCGCUAAGCAUUCACUCCAUAAGCUAACCUUUUCCCCAAAUGGCAAAUAUCAUUUACAGUGAGAUGCAACAUCGGUUAUUGUCAUUAUCUUGACUUUAGGUGUUUCAUAUGGUUGGUUGCUUGGAUAAGUAUACAGAUAUGACUGGCUCUCUCAGAGGUUUCCAGCUGCUCCAUACAAGCAUGAAUGUUCUCUGGUCCUGUAAUGCACUUGAUAUUUAAAGAAACUAUUUGGAAGAUCAAAUGGCUAAAGCAUGACCAAUUCUGUUUAUCUGUAUUAGUAGCAUAAAUGUAUUGUCCUGGAUGCUCUGUCCAAGGGUGCCCUUGCCAUUAGUUUUUUCUUUUAAUUUUUAUUUAAACUCAUCCCAAUAUCUUGGGUUGCGAACUUGUGAUCACAACUGUAAUACAUUCUUAUUAGUGCAAUGGUUUUCCUCGUUAUUAUUAUUCUUUA